UUCACUUUCACUUUUGGGAAGUCGCCUCCUUUCCCAGAAGCGGAUCGGUGCAGCCGGGGGCUUCCCAGGGCGGGCGGCGAACCCGGGGCCGGUCCCGCCUCUCUCCGCCUCCGCCCGUUCGCGGCCCCUCGCUCCUCGCCCGGGCCGGGGAGUUGCGGGCGGCGGGUUUCCACGGGGCGGCUGCGGAGCGGGGCCAGGAAUUGCCCCUGACGCCUGGGAUCCGCUCGCCCCGGAGGAGCCGCAGCCAGACCGGGGAAAGGGGGGAAGACCCCAAGAGGCGUGGGACUGGAUCGGCAGGACCGUUUCUGCGGUCACUCCGGCGUGGGCUCUGGGGCGCAGUGACCCGAGCGGCCGCCAGGGGGCGCCCCCGGCGGGGACCGGCCGCCGCUGGGACUAGGAGAUUUAGACACUCGGCUGCUGCCAGCGGGCAGGGCCCGGCCCGGGGAUGAAGCGGGCCAUGGCGUGGGGCUCCCUGCCCCUGGCCGUGCUGCUGGACUUCCUCACCCUGCGCCUGGCCCUGCUGCUGCACCCCCAGCUGCAGCCCUGGGACCCCCUGGCGCUGGCCUGGGGGCUGGGGCUGGCGCGAUGGGCGCUGCUGAGCCUGAGCGCCCAGGCUGCCCGGGGCCGGGGGCCGGGGCUGCCCGGGGGGCUGCAGGAGGCUCUGCUGCCCCUGGCCGCCCUGCUCAGCCUGCUGCUGCCCGGCUACGUGACCCUGCAGGCGCUGGCCCAGCCCCGGGCCCCCCCCUCCGAGCUGCUGCACGGCUGGGGGCGAGGGGACGUCUUCGGCCUGACCUACGGCGUGGCGGGGCUGGUGGCCGCGCUCUGGCACCAGCUGUUCCCCGCCGGCAAGGGGGAGCCGGGGCCCUCGGCCUCGCUGGGCCGCCUGCUGGCCUGCAUGAGGCCGGACCUGCUGCGCUUCGUGGCCAUCGCGGGGUUCCUGGUGCUGUCCUCGCUCGGGGAGAUGGCGAUCCCCUACUACACGGGGCGCAUGACCGACUGGAUCGUGAGCGAGGACGACCCCUCGGCCUUCGUCCGGGCCAUCUGGGCCAUGUCCCUCAUCACCGUCGGCAGCGCAGUGACAGAGUUCGUGUCCGACUGUCUCUAUAACGGCACCAUGAACCGGAUUCACAUGCGCAUCCAGAGCCGGGUCUUCAGCUCCGUCCUGCGCCAGGAGAUCGGCUUCUUCCACGGCAACCGCACCGGGGACAUCACGUCGCGGGUGACGGCCGACACGGACGCCAUGAGCGAGGCGCUGAGCGAGAAGCUGAACCUGCUGAUGUGGUACGGGAUGCGGGGAGUCUUCCUCUUCGGCCUCAUGGUGCGGGUGUCGCUGCGCCUGGCAUUCUUCACCGCCGUGGGGCUGCCCCUCAUCCUGCUGGUGCCCAAGCUCUCCGGGAAAUUCCACCAGAGCCUGGCGCAGCGGGUGCAGGAGUCCCUGGCCAAGGCCAACGAGGUGGCGGUGGAGACCUUCCAGGCCAUGGCCACGGUGCGCAGCUUCGCCAACGAGGAGGGGGCCGCCCGGCGCUACGGGCAGCGGCUGCAGGAGACCUACCGGCUCAACAAGCAGGAGGCAGCCGCCUACGCCGCCUCCAUGUGGACCAACAGCCUGUCGGGGCUGGCGCUGAAGGUGGGGAUCCUGUACUACGGGGGGCGGCUGGUCACCGCCGGAGCCGUCAGCACUGGGGACCUGGUCACCUUUGUGCUCUACGAGAUGCAGUUCACCACAGCCGUGGAGGUGCUGCUCUCCGUCUACCCCAGCGUGCAGAAGGCCGUGGGCUCCUCGGAGAAGAUCUUUGAGUACAUGGAGCGGACGCCCCAGAUCAGCCCCCCCGGGACGCUGGCCCCCCCGGCCCUGCGCGGGCACCUCCAGGUGCAGGAUGUCUGGUUCUCCUACCCUGGCCGGGACGACGCCCCCGUACUCAAGGGGGUGUCUCUGGAGCUGCGCCCCGGGGAGGUGACGGCGGUGGUGGGCCCGUCGGGCGCGGGGAAGACGGCGCUGGUGGCCCUGCUGGAGCGUUUCUACGAACCCCAGCGCGGGCGCCUGCUGCUGGACGGGCGGGACCUGCGGGAGUACGAGCAUCAAUAUCUGCACCGCAAGGUGGCGCUGGUGAGCCAGAAGCCGGUGCUCUUCGCCCGCUCACUGCACGAGAACAUCGCCUACGGGCUGGGGGGGCGCAGCCGGCAGGAGGUGAUGGGGGCUGCCCGGCGCGCCAACGCCCACGGCUUCAUCGCCCGGCUGAGCCACGGCUACGACACAGAUGUUGGGGAGAUGGGGGGGCAGAUCUCCGGGGGGCAGAGGCAGGGGGUAGCCAUCGCCCGAGCCCUGCUCCGAGACCCCCGAGUGCUGAUCCUGGACGACGCCACCAGCGCCCUGGACACCGAGAGUCAGCUGCGGGUGGAGAAGGAGAUUUACGAGGGGCCCCGGGCCCGGCGCUCGGUGCUGCUCAUCGCCCAUCGCCUGAGCGCCGUGGAGCGAGCCGACCGCAUCCUGGUGCUGGAGGACGGGGCGAUCCGGGAGCAGGGCACCCACCGGGAGCUGCUGGCUCGUCGGGGCAGCUACUGGCGCCUGGUGCAGACACAGCUCAACGGGGAGCAGGGGGGCGGCUCCGAGAGUGGGCUGGGGGCCGGGGGGCCCGCGCCCUUGGCCGGGCAGGGCGCGGACGGUCCCUCCCCAGCUGCCGCUUUCGGUUUCUCUUCCCCCGCCGCUCAGAGCCGGGCGGGAGGCGCAGCGAGGCGUAUGGCGCUGGUCGAGGUGUGCGGGGCCCCCCGGGGGGGCUUGGACUGGGCGCCCCCCGGAGCCGCCGCUGCGCCCUGGGGACCCGAUCACUACAGCUUCGGCCUGCGGGCGCCCGAGCUGGCCCUGCCCACGGGGGAGCAGCCGGCCCAGUUCCUGCAGACGUACUCCGAGGAGGGCCGGGACCGGGUGCGGAUCCAGCUGGCCCACGGCACCACGACCCUGGCCUUCAAAUUCCAGCACGGGGUCGUCGUGGCCACCGACUCCCGGGCAUCGGCUGGCAGCUACGUUGCCGACCUGGCCUACAACAAGGUGAUCGAGAUCAACCCCUACUUGCUGGGCACCAUGUCGGGCAGCGCGGCCGACUGCCAGUACUGGGAGCGCCUCCUCGCCAAGCAUUGCAGACUCUACGCCCUGCGGAACAAGGAGCGGAUCAGCGUCUCGGCCGCCUCCAAGCUGCUGUCGAACAUGAUGUGCGAGUACCGGGGCAUGGGGCUGUCCGUAGGCAGCAUGAUCUGCGGCUGGGACAAGAAGGGCCCCGGCCUGUACUACGUGGAUGAUAAAGGGGCGCGUCUCUCCGGCCCCAUGUUCUCCACGGGCAGCGGGAAGCCCUACGCCUACGGGGUGAUGGACAGCGGGUACCGGCCCGACCUGAGCGUGGAGGAGGCCUACGACCUGGGGCGCCGGGCCAUCUCCUACGCCACCCACCGCGAUGCCUACUCGGGGGGCUUCGUCAACAUGUAUCACAUGAAGGAGGACGGCUGGAUCCGGGUCGGACGGACGGACGUCAGUGACCUGCUGCACCAGUACGCGGAGGCCAAGCACCCUCUGCUAUUCCACUUCCCUGCUGCCAAAAUACAACAGAAAGAUUCCUUGGAGCAGUCCGUCAAGUUGCAAAGCCAGGCGGUGAUCGGGACGGCUGAGCUGGGGAGGGGGCCGGCCGCUGCUCUGUCUGGGGUCUCCGGCUCGCGGAGCAGCCCAGAGGCGGCGGCCGGUGCAGCCCGGGCUCCCCCUGGCGGCCGCAGCCGGCAGAAGCAGAGGGCGGGGCCCGGGAAUCCCCCGAAAGCGAAACCGGGCGGGCUCGCGCGGGGUCCGGGCGCUGCGGACCCGGGAGAAGGAGCCGGAGCCGGAGCCGGAGCCGGAGGCCCUGCCGCUGCCAUGCCGCUGCCCCUCACCCUGCGUCUGGGCUGCCCCCUGCUGCUCUGCGACCUGGCCCUGCUGGCCCUGCUGGGCUGGGGCGCCCCCUCGCUGGCCCCCCUGGGGCUGCCGGCCACCUGGCUGGAGGCUGCAGUCCGUUUCCUGGGGCUCUGGGGGACCUGGGGGCUGCUGGCCCCGGAUCGGCCCCGCCUGUCUCCCACCAGGGCCCUGGCUGCCCUGUGCCUGCUGCCCCCCCUGUACCUCACCCUGCGGAGCUGCCUGCCCCUGCCCAACGUGCCCCCCGCCCUGCUGGCCGGCGCCCCCUGGGCCUGGCUGCUGCUGAGCUAUGGGGCAGUGGGGCUGGCCCAGCUCACCUGGGGGGCUCUGGGGCAGAGGGACAGGGCUGGGGGACCCGGUGCUGAGGACACAGAGCGGGAGUCCAGGGCCACCCUGCGCCGGCUGGUGGGGCUGUCCCGGCCUGACGUGCCCUUCCUGUCCGGGGCCUUCGUCUUCCUCACCCUGGCUGUGAUUGGCGAGACGUUCAUCCCCUACUACACGGGGCGCGUCAUCGACAUCCUGGGCAGCGCCUACGACCCCGACGCCUUCACCACCGCCAUCGGCCUCAUGUGUCUGGCCUCCUUCGGCAGCUCCCUGGCCGCCGGCUGCCGCGGGGGACUCUUCAUGUUCACGCUCUCCCGGCUCAACAUCCGCAUCCGCCAGCUCCUCUUCUCCUCCCUGGUGCGCCAGGACCUGGCCUUCUUCCAGCAGGUCAAAACAGGAGACCUGACCUCGCGUCUCUCCAAGGACACCACCAUGAUGAGCCGCUCGGUGCCGGCCAACGCCAACAUCUUCCUGCGCAGCCUGGUGAAGGCGCUGGGGCUGUACGGCUUCAUGCUGGGGCUGUCCUGGCGCCUGACGCUGCUCACGCUGGUCGAGACCCCCCUCACCAUGGCCGCCCAGAAACUCUACGACACCCGCCACCAGGCCGUGCUGAGGGCGAUCCAGGACUCCCUGGCGCGCUCCGGCGAGGUCGUGCGCGAGUCCGUCUCCUCCAUUGAGACCGUGCGCAGCUUCGCCACCGAGGAGGAGGAGUCAGGGCGCUACGAGGCGGCGCUGGCCGAGACCCACCGGCUGAAGAACCGCCGCGACCUGGAGAGGGCGCUCUACCUGCUCUUCCGCCGGCUGCUGCAGCUGGCCGUGCAGGUGCUGAUGCUGUACUGCGGGCACCAGCAGAUCCGCGCCGGGCUCCUGACCAAGGGCAGCCUGGUCUCCUUCAUCCUCUACCAGGGGGACGUGGGCAGCUACGUGCAGACCCUGGUGUACAUGUACGGGGACCUGCUGAGCAAUGUGGGGGCGGCAGAGAAGGUGUUCGAGUACCUGGACCGGGAGCCGGCCGUGCGCACCGACGGGACGCGGGCGCCGGAGUCGCUGCAGGGACACGUCUCCUUCCACAAUGUCUCCUUCUCCUACCCAUCCCGCCCGGACUGCCAGGUCCUAAAGGCCGUGUCCUUGGAGCUGCGCCCCGGGGAGGUGACGGCGCUGGUGGGGCUGAACGGCAGCGGGAAGAGCACGUGCGUGGGGCUGCUGCAGCGGUUCUACGAGCCCCAGGCCGGGGAGAUCCUGCUGGACGGGGCGCCCCUCCGGGAGUACGAGCACCGGUACCUGCACCGCCAGGUGGCCCUGGUGGGGCAGGAGCCCGUCCUCUUCUCCGGCUCCAUCCGGGAGAACAUUGCCUACGGGCUGGGGGCCUGCGGGGAGGAGCAGGUCACCAGGGCGGCCAGAGCGGCCCACGCCUCCGGGUUCAUCGCGGAGCUCGACAGCGGCUUUGAGACAGAUGUGGGGGAGAAGGGUGGGCAGCUCUCAGCAGGGCAGAAGCAGCGGAUCGCCAUCGCCCGGGCACUGAUCCGCCAGCCGGCCGUGCUGAUCCUGGACGAAGCCACCAGCGCGCUGGACGUGGAGAGCGAAUGCGCGAUCCGGCAGUCGGUGCUGAGCCGGGGGGCCCCGGACGGUGCUGGUGAUCGCCCACCGCAUGCAGACGGUGGAGAACGCCGACAGGAUCGUGGUGCUGGAGGGCGGGGCCGUGGCCGAGGAGGGGACGCACGCCGAGCUGAUGGGGCGCGAGGGGCCCUACUACAGACUGGUGCAGAGAGACCUGGCUGAGUAGCCCACUGCCCCGGGGAAUAGCCCAACGCCAGCCUCACGGCCCUGCCCCCUCCUCCUGCCGGCCCAGUGUUACACGGAAAAUAUUGACAGGGUCUGAUCAGUGUAUUAUGUUGGGUCUCUGGCUUUAUCGUCUGUUUUAGGGUUUCGGUUCUGUGCCGAGGGGUGUCCCGGGGGGUGGGGGUGGGGGGGCAGGCGUGUUCGACUGGCUGAGCGCGAGACGAGUGUUUUG